CGACAGUUCAGGAAGCACCGACGAAAAGCUACAGAAACAAACGAGAGUCGGUGCUUUCUCCUUUAAAGGAGUACAGCAGAACAGCACCAUGUUGCCGACAACCUCGCCUCACACCAACGGCUCCCUCGGUUCUAGGGACGCAGCUCGUCACACGGCGGGUGCGAAACGCUACAAGUACCUGCGCCGGCUGCUCCACUUCAGGCAGAUGGACUUCGAAUUCGCUCUGUGGCAGAUGCUGUACCUUUUCACGUCACCGCAGAGAGUGUACAGGAACUUUCACUACAGGAAACAGACCAAGGACCAGUGGGCCAGAGACGACCCGGCUUUUCUGGUCCUGCUCAGCAUCUGGCUCUGUGUGUCGACAGUAGGCUUUGGUCUUGUUUUGGACAUGGGGGUUUUGGAGACUUUGAAGCUGCUGCUGUGGGUCGUCUUUGUUGAUUGUAUAGGCGUCGGUCUGCUCAUAUCAACCCUUAUGUGGGUCAUCAGUAACAAAUAUCUGCUGAAACACCCAAGCAGAAAUUUUGACGUGGAGUGGGGCUACGCGUUCGAUGUUCACCUCAACGCUUUCUACCCUCUUCUAGUCAUCCUGCAUUUCCUGCAGCUUUUCUUCAUCAACCACAUCGUGGUGAUAAACUCGGACUGGUUCCUGGGAUAUUUUAUCGGCAACACUUUGUGGUUGAUCGCCAUCGGUUAUUACCUCUACAUCACAUUCUUAGGGUACAAUGCUCUUCCCUUCCUGAACAACACGGUGGUGCUGCUGUACCCAUUCGCUCUCCUCGGUCUAAUCUACAUCCUCUCUGUCUCUCUGGGCUGGAACUUCACCAAAGGUCUCUGCUGGUUUUACAAGUACAGAGUCCAGUAGGACUUGAACGUUGGACAUUAAGAGGCUUCAAGCUGAAUCAAGAUGUUUUAGGUGAUGAAGAUUGAUUUCCAUCUUUAAGUCACACUCGGGCUUGGAUUCUCAACUUUGGGCAGACCGAGGCGGACUCCUUUGAUUUCCCGUUUGGCUCUUUUGUUGAGCUCUGAAAUUCAGUGAACUAUGAUGUGUUUGGGCUAGGAACAUGAAUCUGAGGACUUUUAUUGUUGUUCUUUUUGUAUGAUUUGUAAAUAGAUUUCUGGUAAGUUGUAAUAUAAACAACAAGGGUUGUUUCUGAAGAGAAGAAUUUGUUUUCAUUAAAAAAGACUGAAAAAAUCUA